CCAGAGUCUCCACCACGAACAUGACAGUGUUAACAAAAAAAUUAACGUGCGGUACAUUUUUGACAAUUAUCGUGGUACUAGUGGCCAUUUACUUCAGGAAUCAACACGACGAACUCCAGAAUCGUCUCCGAGCAGUUCUCCAUGGCCUGGAAAAACUCGAAACAAGACACGGAAUGUCGGCGAGACCGAGGGUUGCCAUAGGUUACGGGGCCUGCACCGAUAUAUUCAUUGAUACUAAAUAUCUGCUGCAUUAUUCACCGAGAGUCGGUGAACCCACGCAUUUCGACGAGAUCAGCAAUGAGGAUGAGUUACUCAAAAGUUUUGCAUAUUAUUUUAGACAUGGAGCUGCUGCUGAACGUUACAUGACUGAUGGUGAGUUAUUUGACAAACUUGUUGAAAGGGCCAAGUCAUUCUCGUCCUCGUAUUCGGCUAUCGGGGGGAAUGCUCCGGUGAUGGCCAUGAGAUUUAAUAAAGAGGGCUGUGAUGUACUCUUAGCUGCCAAAAUGACUCGGUCCCUCAAAUUAAUGAUUCCUGAGGGAGUCGAGGUUGUUGGGGGUGAGGUAGAUCGUGAUGACGUGCAUUUAAUUCUGGAAUAUAAAUAUGGAGAAGUCUGGGGGCCUUACACGAGUUCACGGGCUAAUAGAUACAUUCUCCACAACGACGCGAAUAAUCCCAUGAUCAGUUCAUUGGAGGAUUUUGACGAACUUUUACCGGAAUUCCGACCUGAUCUGUUCGUUGUCAGUGGCCUGCAAAUGAUGGAUAAUUAUCCAUUCGAAAGAGGCGUUCGUACGCAAAGACUGAAUAAAAUAAAACACCAAAUGAUAAAGCAACGUCAAUCGACGAAGAUUCAUUUCGAGAUGGCCUCGUUUGUAGAGAAAAAUUUAAUGAUGGAACUCCAGGAUAUGGUGAUACCCUACACCGACAGCUUGGGGAUGAAUGAGCAGGAAGUUGCGAAUUUAUAUAAUUCUAUGUAUUAUGGUAAUGUCUCACUCGUUGCUGAUUCCACCCCGAGGGUUGCCACUAUUUUGGAUUACAUGAGAUUUUUGUUUAAAUUGAUACGACAGAGGGGAGAAGGAAUAACGAAUUCGAGAAAGCUCACGAGAAUUCACGUACACACUUUGGCUUAUCAGGCUAUUCUCACUGUUAAGAAUUCAGCCUGGAAAAAUACCAUGGCUGCUGCUGCUAAGGCUUCUCUCGUGGCUCAUCGUCACGUGUGCGGCACUAGUACGAUUGACGUAGCCAAGGCGACUCUCAUAAUGGAUGAUAGUUUUUCCACGUCAAAAGUAUCGGGUACGAGAAUACCAAUGAACACUGAGAAACCAGUUUCUUGCUGGGACGAAGUCAUUAAAAUGAGCAAUCGUGAUAUUGCUGUUGAGGUGUGUGUUGCACCGGUUUUAGUUUGCACUGAGGCUAGUCAGACCGCUGGUGGUGGUGACAACAUAUCCAGCGCUGGACUCGUUCUCCAGAUUUGAAAAUUAAUACGGAAAAUGCAAUGCAUUGAUUAAUGCCUGGUGCAGUGAUAAGUUUGCUGAAUCUAUUUUUCAUGUUAAUUCUGCAUUCCUCUUUGUUAUUGAUGGAUCAUUCCAAUGUAUCAAUUCACAUUCGACUUUUCAAGUUUCUAAUUAAUGAGUUAAUGAUCGUUCUACGUACGUGUCAGGAAACAUUGAUUUUUAUUUAAUUUUUAAUCGUUUGGGGACGAAUGCGUGCCAUAGAUUUCGUAUUACCGCGAUAUUUAAGGAAAUUUUUUUUAUUGAGUACUCGAUAAAUGGAACAUCAAACGAACUUUCAUUGUGAUAUAAAAUAAGGAACUGACAUUCAAUUAACGAAUAAUUGAUCCACAGCUGUGGAGAUGCUGCCUAACCACUGCACUAGAAAUAAACGAGUCAUUCCGAUUUUACAUACCUGUUUGAAAUAAUCAUGUUGAAUCAGCAUAUGAAUGUGCAACUCAUGUGAAAAAAAAAAAUAAACGCGUCAAGAAUAAAAAUCAUGCGAAAUCGAAUAACAUAAUUACGUCAACUCCACAGGUGAAAAAUUUUACCCGAAUUUUCCAGGAGAUGAUAUUCGACUAAAGACCCACGAAAUUUUCCACAGAAAAAAAUUAAUUGGAAAUUCUGGUAAAAUUUUUCACUGAUGACCAGCGACCUAAUUAACCGAUUUUAUAACCGGAAUUAUCUAAAAUCAUUAAAUAAAGAAUACAACAGUA